ACAUGCAGACGCAGGGCUUUCUACUCUCCUUUGCUCUGAUGGUAGCGGGAGGAUUGGCUGGGUCAGGUUGGAGUGAAUCUUCAAUAACCACAUACGAAUCCUCCGAGGUUACACCGGAACCCAGCGAUGACAUUUCUAAAAUAACUGGAACUCCUACGGUGAUGCCCAUUCCUCCCGGGGGGAGUAAGGAGUCCUUCGAGUUGUCUCCCUCCCCUAGCAUAGAGGGGUCUGUAGACGCAGAAUUGGCACUGACCACCUUUUCUGGGUCGGGGGAGUCUGAAGGCUUUGAAUUGGAAUCGAUUCCCUCUCCUGACCCAGGGGAAUCCAGAGACUUGGAUUUCACAUUAAAGUUGGGGAUUCCAGUAGUGCUACUGAUUUUACUCUCUCUGCUGACUGUUUCCCUGGUAAGGUGCCAUAACAGAAGAAAAUCCAAGCAAGUGCCCUCCAGCCAGGGAUCCCAGAAUGCUCUACAAACAUAUGAUCUGGGAAGUGAAAAUAUUAAAAGCCCUAUUUUUGAGGAAGAUACACCUUCGGUUAUGGAAAUAGAAAUGGAAGAGCUUGAUAAGUGGAUGAAUUCCAUCAAUAAAAAUGCUGAAUGUGAAUGUUUGCCCACAUUACAAGAAGAAAAGGAAUCAAACAACCACCCAAGUGACAAUGAAUCCUGAAUGCUGCUGACAUUUUCCAGAGGAAGCUGCACCUCAGGGAGUCUGGAAAUGCUGCCAAUUGAGGGCGAAGUGGAUGUGAAUUGAAUUAAUCUCCAACCACUGCAGAUAUAAGAACUUUUUGCCGCUUCUUGGAGCAUUCCGUCUUUAGGUGAUGAGCAUUACCAAGACUCUCCAGAAAGAAGCAGCGCAACACAAUGCAGAAAGCCCGGUGCAGCCCCACAAUUUUCCAGGGAAAUUCUCUGGCACCUACCCCUCCAAACAGCCGGUGCCCUCCUUCUCUCCCAGACCUUGGUUUGCUGUGGCAAGAAGGGCCAAAUCGUGUGUCUCCACUGAAAGCCCCCUGUUCCCUCUGUCUUGAAAUCCUUCAUGAUUUGCAUCGUGGUGGUUGCAUUUUCACAACUUCUUUUUGAAUAAUGUUGUUACUUCAAGUGUGCAGGGAACUUGUCCUCAUCGUGUAUGAACUUCCCUGGGCAGAAUCAGCACUUUUAAAAUGAGGAAACCCCUUUAGGCUAGUAACAAAUGUUCUAUCUCCCAAGGGGACUCAGUGAAACCCUGCCCUUCCCAACAGACUGCCUCCAGUUAUAAGCUUCUUGAUUGGAGAUGGACCUCUCAGAGGCUCUUGGGAAGAACUCAAGGUGUAACACUGUGAGACUCUACCUUUUAAAUUCUGCUCCCAAUUACUCUCUCCCGCUCUUAUCUCUCUUUUACUUGCUAUCUCUUUCUCUAUUCUCUCUCUAUCUCACUCUAUUUUAUCCCAACCCACCCCUCUCUCCCUCUUUCUCUCUGGACUGGGAAAAUACUUGAACGGGUUGCAUCAAAAACAAAGAGACACUUUCUAGGUCAAAUGCAGUGGGCCAGUUUAUCAUCUACCAAAAACCUGACCCUUCCCCCUAUAGCAUUCUGGCAAACACCUGUUUUUUCACUUGCCUAGAGUAAGUAACAGUUUCAGGUAGAGGACUGGUAAAGAUUGUGGCAUGCAUUUAAUUUAUUCUCUACUUGCUCCCUGAAGUCAAGUGAGCUGAGGAGCUGGUCUACUCUGGGCCCUUGUUUGAACAACUCUCUUAAGGUAUAAAACAGCAGCUGGCCUGAAGGCUUGCAUAGGCAAGAGUCUGAAUCCAUUGCCCCGUAGAGAGUUCAGAGGCAGAGAGACAUUAACAGUUAUUUGGUUUGGCAAUGGUGAAGGCCCUGUCCCCAUUUUUACCACCUCAGAGAAAAUACUGUCAGCCUUAUCCAGCCUCCUUUGAGAACUCCCCUGCCUCAGACCAAGCACAGAUUCUCGGAUGUGAGCAAGUCUAUCUGUUUGGCAGGUGGCAUUUGGGGCUUCUGAAGCCCCUACCCUCCAUUCUUUUGGCAACUUCCAGAGUCCAGGCAAACUCACUGCUGGGGGAGGGAAGCAGAGCUCAGCUUCUCCCAGGCCAUCUGUAGGCAUGUCUGAGCCCACAGACUCCCGGCCAAAAUUCCAUGACAUCCCAGACUCAAACAAAACUCAUUCACCCAAUCCCCAAACAUUCUUGCAACAUUCACUGCUUGCCAGGCCCCUUUGGUUUGAGUGCAAGGGGGGCGGGUCAUACUUGUGGAUUCAGGAAAUUCUUUGGAGAAACCAAAGUUAGUUUUGCCCCUUGCAGACAGUCUCUUUUUUUGAGGUUCUCUAUUUGGUUUCUAUGCCGCUCGGUCCAGGAAUGGAUUUGGCUAGAGAAGCAGCGUGGCUCAGCGGAAAGAGCAUGGGCUUUGGAGUCAGAGGUCAUGGGUUCA